AACAAAGAUUUUCCUUUAAAUUCACAAACAUAACAUGUUGGAUGAAGUAAUCUUAGUUUUUCGUUUACAAACGAGAUUUUUUACGCGCAUGCCACGUUAACCGUUUAAGCUAAGUGAAACUUUUGAAAAGUUGCAACUUGCUACACGUGGAGUCUACUAAUUAAAUUCUAGCCCAAGAUAUAAUCAAACAGAGAAUAAAUACUAUCUUAAUAGGCUAUACCUGGUCCUUUUCAGUGCGAUCCAUCACAAGUUUCUCGAAUAUUGUUCGUAGAUUGAUAAACGGCACAUUGAUGGUACCCCGUGACAUUGCGGCGAGAGGUCAUUGGAUAGGGGCGUAGGCCUAUGAACACGUUUGGCUUUCAAUAACAGUUGUUGUUUGUAAAAAAAGUUUUGAUUGAUGGUUUGUAAAGAACACCACUUCCAUUUUUGCGCUGUUGUAUCAAAACACUGGUGACAUAUCUUUUUCCAUUGUAUUUUGGAGGCAAUCACUUCGACAAAUCCACCUAACAAAGUGUGGUCCCACUCUCAUCAGGAUGUGAGAAGCUUAACAACAUCUCCGCAAGAUGUCAGUGUUCCACAACGUAUGCUGUGCGGCACCCUCCCUGCCUAAGACAAACUGUCUGGAGGCAAAGCAGGUCUGCCUGGCUGACCCCCAGUGCGAAGCCUUAUACCAGACCCUGGAGGGAUGUGCGUCUGACCGGGCAGUGUCCUCGCCUGGCAGUGAGGACCGCCUCGAGUGCCUGGAGGCCCUGGUUUCCCUGCACGGCGACCGACUCCUGCUGGGCUGCAAGUGCCAUCGAGGCAUUCGCAAAGAGCAGCACUGCCUUAAGGUUUACUGGAGCCUCCACUUCCUGCAAGAAGAUGAUGAGCAAGACUCAUCUCCCUACGAGGACCCGCCUUUCCAGAUGUCCCGCAUGGCCUCCAUAGUGGCAGACACCACCCUCACCCUGGACGGUCAGAACCAGUGUCUGAAGGCGGCGCAGGACUGCGGCCUGUACGAGAAGUGCGGAGCGCUUCGCUCCGAGUACGUCCUGGCGUGCACCAAGCGCAUGGUGGGCGCUGACCACUGCAACCGGCAGAAAUGCCACCGGGCCCUGCGGCGCUUCCUGGAGCGCGUGCCCGAGGAGUACAGCCUGGGCCUGCUCUUCUGCCCCUGCACGGACACGCUGUGCGGCGAGAGGCGCAGGAAGACCAUUGUGCCUUCCUGCUCCUACCAGGAGAGAGACACGCUCCAGCCCAACUGCCUGCACCUGCAGAGCUACUGCCAGAGGGACGAGCUCUGCAGGUCCAGACUGGCUGAUUUCAAGCUCAACUGCCAGCCCUCGGGUCUGUCCCCCUCCGGCUGUGUGCGAGAGAACGGCGCCGCAUGCCUCAAAUCCUACGCUGGACUCAUCGGCACCUUCAUGACCCCUAACUACGUCACCAACAACAGCAUGGCCGUGUCUCUGUGGUGUGACUGUGACAGUAGUGGCAACCACUUGCAGGACUGCCUGAGGAUACAGCACAUGUUUACCAACAACCCCUGUCUCAGGAACUCCAUCAGUUCCAUGGGUAGCUUUGCCCCUCGCCCUGUGGAGAGCACACCAGUCACGCCCCUUCGCCUUUCCCCACUGGACCACCAGGAAGAGCUCAGCAACAAUGCCCUUCCUGAACUCAACUCUGUAAAGGAGAGCGAGGAAAUGAAGGGUGUGGAGGAAGACGACCAGGAUCAGGAUCAGGAGGAGGAGGAGGAGGAAGGGGGUCAGUUUGACGUGAUCCCCCUGUAUGCUGAGAAGGCCACCGUGGCCAACCUGGGGUCCGGGGCCGGGGGGGCCUUCCUCCUGGCCCCUGGUCCCCUUCACUCCCUGCUGCUGCUCCUUCUGCUGCUCUCCGUCUGCCUGAGCUGGGGCUAGAGGACGAGGAGGGGGGACCCCCUUUGAACAACCAACAGCCCCCAAAUGCACACAGACUCAGAGACAGGCACGCAGAGAGAGAAAGGAGAGAGAUAGAGAAGAGGGAGGGUUAUAAACUGAACCUCUCUUAUUCCUUGGCCAUCUCUCCAUGUUCCCUUGCUCCCCCCCCCCCACUCUUUCUUCUGAGACAGUCUGUUUCCUCCGUGUGUCUCGCCACACCAUCCAUACCUCCCCACUUACCCCUGUGAUCACGGAAUGGUUGGGCCCGAUAAAGACUUAUACAUAUUAGACUGGUAUGGGUUUGGACCAACUGUGCAGUAACACUAGGGGAUGUUUAAUGUACGAGUAAUUUAUUGGUGAAUAUAAGUGCCAGGAUACCUUGAGUGUAAUUUGACUUCAGUGCAUCUCACACACCCCUCAACCCAUAUACUUUUACUUUGCAGUGAUGGACAAGGACCCGCACACACAUACACAGUUGAUGACUCACAGUCAGUGGGCUUGCUAGAUAUCUAAGCUAAUUUGCCAUUUCUACAAAUAAACCAAGCAUAACCGUCCCGUGAAGACGCGAGAGUGUGCGUGCCCGUGCUUAAAGAGAUUACCAAGAAAACUGCACAAGGCUUUUCAUAUUAUCUCAUCUCCCACCUCAUUCUUAGUCUCGUCAGCAGUCAUGCUCACAUGCACACGCACACACACACACACACACACAAACACACACGCCAGCCCAUCAUUCGAUCCAGCAGAGGCAAGCGCCUUGGCACCUUUAUUGCUCUAUCUGUGUCUCUAUCUGCUUUCUUGUGACUCAGCAUAGAUAUGGUAGAAUGACCACAGGGAUAAAUACAAAUAAAACAGUCAUAAUAAAACAAUAUGAGUUAUAAAGUGGAAGGAAAUAAAGUCAAAUGAGUUCUGGGCAGGUGCAAACACUGGUCUGGGGUUGAUGCUUGCAGGCAGAAAAAGAUGGAGAUGGAGAGCGAGAAAGAGCGUGAAACUGAGCGAAGGAGAGAAAGACAGAGAGAGUGAAACUGAGCGAAGGAGAGAGAGACAGAGAGAGUGAAACUGAGCGAAGGAGAGAGAGACAGAGAGAGUGAAACUGAGCGAAGGAGAGAGAAAGAGGAGGAGGUAGGCGAUUUUACAAUGUGAGGUCUUUCUCAUAGUGUUUUAGUUGUUUUAGUCAGAGGGCAAUAAUAGGCCGUGCCGUGAACUCUUUAUCUUCCAGUGGACUCGUGGGGGCUGCUAGUGAGAGAGAGAGACAAAGAGAGAGAGAGGGAGGAGAACAAAAGCGAAGGAGAGACCCUCCAGCGCAAAUAUACCAUAGAGAAUCGCAGGCUCUCCAUUUUCUGUCUUAUAAAUCUUUUGCUGACACUAAUGUUUUUUUCCUGCGUUUCUUGUUCUUUCCUAUUUCGGAGGGAACGUGUAAAAUUAACUUCCGUCCGGAGGGGCUGGAGAUGAUGGUUGGUGGGGGGGGGGGGGGGGGCGUGGAGUCGGUGGGUGGCAUGGCUACAGUAUAUGUCUCCAUCUCUCUCUUUCUCUCACUUUCCCAAACAAUCAUAUUGAAACACAAACACACAUACACAGCUGUCCAUCUAGCCGAGGGAAAACACCCCUUAAACAAAGUAUAUGUCAGUCACCCCCGACUUGUACACACACACCCCUCCCCCCAUUAAUAACACAUUUACCUGCCACCCUGUCCCUCCAUCCUGUGAAACAGCCACUUCAGUGGCAAGGUCAGCUAGUCGACCACAGAACCUCUCCGGAGGUUAAUUGAGAUCAGCGAGGGGAGUGGGUGUUUGAUUGAUGUGGCUGUCGGGCCCGCAUUGGGCCUUUUACGAUGCCGUUGUUAUUUUUUAAUUGUUGUCUCGGCCGUUUGUCGUUGGCUGACAUCUCACUACAGCGAAGGGCCGAACGGAGAGAAGAGAGGGAGAGGAGAGCAGAUACCAAUGAUUUACAUCUAUAUGCCUGAAAUAAAUAAGUCGAGAAGCCAUGCGUUAAAUCAGCUAACACAGAGAGAAUGUGCGAGAGAGAGAUAGAUUGAGGGAGGACUACAAGAAGGAAGGAGAGAGUGGUGGAGAGAGAGGGACACUUGUCUUUUACGGCUGUGUUUCUUUAGGAUGGCAGUGCAUUCCCGCCGCAGAUUAAAAAAGAAACGAACACGCACACACACACACAAACACUUUAUAUACACUGUACUAUAAACCCAUAUACACACAUUACUUGUCCACUCUUCACACACAGUGGCCUAUGUACUCAACACUACACAAAUUCACACACACUGUCAAGCAUGAACACUACACUGUAGAAAUACACACAGACGUACACUAUGUACACUGUACACUAUAGAAAGACACACACACUAUGUACCAUAAAGCAUGUACACUUCACACUAUAGACAUGCAUACACGCUAUGUACACAUGUACACUUUAGACUCUGGACCGACACACACUAUGUGCACUCUACCCUCUAUAAACAGGCGCGCACUAAAUACAUGCACUGUCAGACUUUUAGUUUAAUACGGCAGCCCCUCCCAUAUAAGUCUGUUUUCUAAUCCAUUGUUGCUGUGACACCGAGAUGCUUCAACACAAUGGUGUGUUCUGUAGAAAAGCACAGGGAGAGAGAGAAAUAGACAUACCAGGAAAAUACCGAUAAGGUACAGACAAAGAAUGGGAAAGAGCGGUCCACAAACAGACUGAUGGACAGAGUUAAGGUAUGAAAACAUAUGGGAAGAGAGAGAGAAAGGCAGGAGAUGGAGGGAGAAAAGGAGACGUGUCAGAGGAGGAAAGGAGAGAGGAACAUUUACAGAACAGCAGAAGGUGGAAUUGUGUCACAAUGGGGAGGAGAGAGAAGGAGAGCCUCGAGAAAAGGGGAGGAGAGGGAGAGAGGGGGAGUGCAGAGUGCAGAUAUGCCUUGCAGGCUUAUAGCAGUAUUAAAGCUGUUGCUGGCCCUCCCUGAUCUAUUUCACACUCUGUAGGUCCUAUAGCGUCAGCGCCACUGUACAGAAGAUGACCAGAACCUCCACUCCGCCUCAGACACACACACACACACGCACACAAACCGCAAUUGACACACCUCCACAAAAUACAUCUACUCCCACACACACACUCCCACAAACAUGCAUACACUCACAGCAACUGUCAAACACACACAGACACACACACACACACAGAGCAAUGAUUACACAAACAGUACACACAUGCACAAGAAGAGUGGAGGAGAGAAACUGGUCUUGGAAGGGUUCACCUCAUGUAUUUUUAUAUGUACUUCAUUCUUAUUUUAUUCUACCUUUAGAAAGAAAGUGACGACAAGGCUUUCAUCCUAUCUAUUUUGUAUCCUAUCUAUUUUAUGUGUUCAUAGUUGUACAUAAGAGACCGUAAAGCUUAAAGGGGACUGCAUCUUUCUCUGUUCCUAUGUGUUCACCCCACGCUUGUGUGCUCACAACAUUGAUUCUCUCGGUUGACUUUGUUCCAAUCCAGAGAUCUGUGUCUAUGGCAACCGUUGUCCAAAUGCUGUGUCUCGUCAUAUAGAUAUACAUGUAUUGUGUGUACCUAUUAUGACCAUUAAAUUCAUACCGUCUGCAUCUCA